AUGGCACACUACUGCAAGAUCCCUCCGCAACUGACGUUUGCCAUCCAAAUCUGGGCCACAGUACUUGCAGCGUUUGUAUCGCUUGGCGUGAACCAGUGGCAGCUCACACACAUUGACGGCGUCUUGUACGGUAGAUCAGCCAGGCAGGCUUUCGUGUCCUGUGACUCGGGGACGCACACGUAUUUUACAGCAACCGUCAUCAUGGGCGCCAUUGGCCUAAAGUGA